AUGGUCAUGGUGCUGGGCCAGUACUCCACGGGAAAGGAUGCAAACGAUGCGGAUUCAUACUACGGGGAGGAGGUUUUAGGGUUUAGGACUACAUUUGUGCAACAUCUGCUGGAGAGAGAUUACCCUGGGCUUCGCAUCGGCCCCGAGCCGACAACAGAUAAAUUUGUGGCUAUCAUGGAGGGCCCCACGGACCAGGUGAUACCGGGCAACACAGCAGUGGUGGACCCCACCAAACCCUUCAGCCAACUCUCAAACUUCGGAAAUAUUUUUUUGCAAAGAUUCGAGUGCUCCAUGCUCCCCUGUGUUGUACUCAAUGUAAGAAGGGUUUAG